AUGGUGAGCGUUGCAGCAGGCAUUCGUCGCAGAGCAGAAAUACUACGCGGGGUCGCUUGCGCGCAAACUGUCACGACCGUCACCUCCGUCACCGCGCUCGGCGCAUUUACAAUGGCCUCGACGUCGGACGCGUCGACGACGACAAUUCCCCUGUACAAGGGGAAAUUCACGAACCGAUCGUGGCAUCAGUUACCGCCGGAAAUAAUCAGGCUAAUCGCCACACACUAUUUGCUGGAUGUCUCACCUUCGUCGUAUUGUCCGCAGACAUGGGAGAUACCACAGUUUUGGCCGAUGCGAAUGAUGUACACGGUCCUGCGCGACGCGCUUCAAGUCGAGAAACUGAUGCAGAUCUGUCCGAGUUGGCAUACAGCCAUCGAGACGCAUUUAUUCUGGCAGCACGCUUGUGCGGUGAUCGACCCGCACGACCUGCUUCUCGCGCACUCCAUCAUCCAGCCGAACCCGAACAGUGCCGCCACAGCAACGGCGAACGCGCGCCCCGUGCGCCUGUCGCCGUUCCAGCACUUCAGAAACAUCACCAGCUGCUCGUGUUAUGUCUGCCGGAUCAACCACCCAUACCAGGACCACGGGCUCACGUCGUGGAAGCGCAACGUGCACACGUACUGGCUCGGGACGGUGCCGUCGUGUCGGGAGCACCGCAAAGCGACGUUCUGCGGGCUGUGUCUGCGCGAGGCGCCGCCGAUGGAGCUCGAGGAGCAGUACAACGCGGUGCUCGCGCUCGCGCAGGAGAAGCUCUGGCUCCGCAAGCACACGAAGCUCCCGGACAUGCUCCAGCAGGCGAUCGCCGCGUCCAGGUACGCGUCGCGCGAGGAGGGCUACUCGAGCACGGACGACCUCAGCGAAGACGAGGAGGAAGACCCCGAGCUGCUGUCUAUCACCGAGGAGGCGGGUGGCGUGCGAGACCUAGCGAUCAACGACUUCGCGCGGAAUCGAAUAUUGGACGGCUACUGGUUCAGCCCGGCGGAUCAGUGGUAUGGCCACACGAACGGGGAUCGCUCGCCCAUCGUCCGAGCCAUUCACCCAUGUCCCUGGUCUCUAGAUCAAGAAGAUGGCGACGAAAACACUCUCCACCCUCGCCCGGCCACUGUGCGUGCCGAGACGCCACCAUCAUUCCAGCUGUGCGAAGCCGUAUAUCGGGCGUACCAAAAGCAGAUGCGUAUCGUGUUACUACCUGCGAUGAAUAACAUCGUGCGAAAGAUUGUCAUCGAGUGCGCUGCCGACCGCGUGGAUCCUGCUUUGAGAGCGAGUAGAAUGGAGAUGGAGGAUGUGGCGGCAGCACUGCGGGACGAGAGCAUGUGGUAUAACGGGAUCGAUUGGUUAGAAAGAAGGGCGAACAAGAAAAGAGAAGAAAGAGACAGGCUGCGAAGGGAAGAGGAGGAGGAUAGGGAGAGCUCGACCAGUUCGAAGAGCGACGACUCGCAUGCGACAAGCCCGGUGCUGAGUACAUCUACGCUCGGUACGACCCCUUCCCCGCCGCCUCUCGUGACGAAAAAGGAUGAUGAAGUAGAAGGACUGCGUCAGGUUCCCAUACCGGUUUCGCCUGUGCUCGAGACUCCGAGAUUGCUGCAUCCGAUUCCGUACAUACCUGUGACUACCUCGCACAUGCCGCCGUUUAGUCAAGAGGCGUUUAAGAUGGUAUGGCGCGAAGCAUGUCAGCCCCUAUAUCAAUGCCGAUGCAAGAUCUGCGAGCGCGCGAUGAUCAAAGCUAACAUCGAGGCUGGAAAUCUCAUUGCCAGCGAGUUGCAGGCACAGCAGGCCGCCCCGGAGUCGAACGUGCAGGCGGAUGACCAGAACCCGGGUGAAAUACGGAUAGAGGACGCGGAGGAAGAGGUGCAUUUUGAGGAGGAGGAGGAGGAGGUUGAGGAGGAGGAGACCAGCACGACGACGACCGAAGAUGCCAGGGUGUACACAGUCACUCCUCGGAAGCGAUCGCGCGAUCUGGAGGAAGACGCGGAAGGUGAAUCAGAUCGAUCUCAGUCUGGGGAAGAGGAUGAUACUGAGCGGAGUCGGACGCCUCCCAAACGCGUCCGAAGAGAAGGGAACUAUUCGGCGCUAAUCGCAACCACCAGGGUGCGACUGUCGGCUUCGAAAAAGCGGAGUUCGGAGGAACUGGAUGAUGGGCCCCCGCGUCGCUCUGCCUCGCGAGAGAGCGGGAAACGGCGACGGAUGUCAUUGGAGAAGGAUGUCGAUGAAAGCGAAGAGGAUAGCGGGACCUCGCCGCCUACGAGUGUCUUGCCAUCUGCUGAGGAGGAGUUUGACGACGAUCUUGAAGUCACGGUCACCCCGAGUCGUGGCAGACGUGCAGCAUCGCCUAGUCGCGUUCCGCGUGCGGGGCACAAAGUCCCCUCAAUAGGCGAUGCUCCUGAAGCAGCGCUGAAUAGGACGGUCCCCAGCGUGGCCGGGUUAACUGUCGGUAACGCUAAAGCUGGCCACAUCUUGAAAUAAAGUGGUUUCUUAUUACUCAAGGGACGCGCGACCCAAUGUACUUUUAGCAGCUUUACAGUUUUUAACCCCCUUGUACCCCCACCCGAAUCUUCGCCUUUUCGUCUCGGAGUCGUGUCCCUUUGCCCUUUGUGUUGUAUAACCUGCUGUCUUGUUUUCUGUCACCAAUAAAGUGCGUUUGAAGGCAUCUC